AUGGAGAAGUCUGCAGAGAAUGUUGACAAUGCAGAUGACCAGAAGCUCGAAAUUGCGCAGGCAGAGGGAAUCACUUUUCAGGCUGCCCUGGAAAUCUCGAAGCCCAAUCCAUGGGCCAAGGGCUAUCUGCAUAUGUAUUCCGUUUGUGCGCUGAUUUUUCUAUGUUCGACUAUGAAUGGCUACGACGGCAGCUUGAUGGGCAGCAUCAAUGCCACACCAAAUUACACUCGAUACUAUAAUCUGCCGGCGAAAGGAAAUGCGGGCACUGGUAUUGUCUUUUCUAUCUUUAACGUCGGUCAAAUGGUUGGCGCGCUGUUCAGUUGGGUUGCAGAUUGGCAGGGUCGUCGACUUCCUAUUUUUGUGGGAUGUCUCGGGGUAUGCGUUGGGACUGUUGUAACGAGCGUUGCUCCAACCAUACCAGCCUUUCUCCUCAGUAUCGUGGCACUAUUGCUGGUCUUUAUAACACACUUUACUACCUGGUAUAUAGCACCUCUGUCCUAUAUGUCUGCAGAUGGGCUGAUGAUUAACAAGGGAUCUAUAAUCGCGACCGCUGCCGUAUAUGGAGCACAUCGAAACCUUGCCGAUCAUGGAAACAUGGAUUGGAGACUCCCAUUAUGGCUCCAAAUGUUAUGCCCCGGCAUCGUUGCGUUAGGAAUUUGGUUUUGUCCCGAAUCUCCGCGAUGGUUGGGAAGAACAGCGGAGGCCAGAGCAAUCGUGGCAAGGUUUCAUGCCAAUGGUGACUCUGACCAUCCACUUGUACAACUUGAAAUGAGUGAAAUGGCCAAAUCCCUCAGUGAAGAAGGGAUGGUGGGCUGGCGAAACUUUUUCGACCUGCGCGUGCUUGUCAAGUCAAGAGCAAGACGAUACCGCCUCAUGCUCAAUAUGACUUUUGCGUGGUUUUCCCAGUUUUCUGGAAACAAUGUUGCCUCAUACUAUCUCCCAUAUUUGCUGGAGAACGUCGGUAUCACCGAUACGAAUACCAAACUGCUCCUGAAUAUUGUCUACGCCAUUACAGGAUGGAUACCGGCGAUUGCAGGGGCCCGAUUCCAUGACAUUAUUGGGCGAAGAAAAAUGCUACUGGGCGCAACUGCUGGCAUGACUCUCGCCCUUGCGGUAGCUGCUGGAACUGCGGCAGGAUACGUUCACACGGGCAGUAAAUUAGAUUCAAACGCGUCCAUUGCUUUUAUCUAUAUUUUUGGGUCGGUAUUUGCCUUUGCCUGGACGUCAAUGCAGCCCAUUUAUCCAGGGGAAGUCCUGUCGAAUGAUAUGCGAGCCAAAGGUACGGUUCAACUCUCUCGUAUCCUUUUCAGCUUUAUUAACCAUGUGUCUUUGCAUGCUUUAGGGAUGGGUGUCUGGCAAAUAACUAGUGGUUGUGCCUCAUUUGUUAACACCUUUGCUGCUCCCGUAGCUCUCAGCAAGAUUGGAUAUUGGUUUUACGUAUUCUUUGUUCUUUGGGAUGUCCUAGAGUUCUGUGUUAUCUAUAUGUUCUUCGUUGAAACUAAAGGACGAACCCUUGAAGAGUUAGACGAGGUCUUUGAGGCGCCAAAUCCUCGGAAGGCUAGCACAGAUGCCACAUUGCUCCUCAGAGGUGGAUCCACUUCCGGAAAUGGUCAGGACGCAGUGCAGCAGUCGACUGUCUAG